AUGGCAGAACUUAACAAAACAGAGAAGAGUUUAGUAGUUCUACCGCUUAAGAAAGAAGUGACGCUUUUCAAAAUUCCUUCGUCAGCUCCAGCCCCGAGAAAGAAGAAGAAAGUUCUUGAUGAAGAUGAUUACGUUCGCAAAUUGGAAUCUAUCAUUCAGCGGGAUUUUUUCCCCGACUUGACCAAACUUCAAGUUCAGGCCGCUUAUCUAGAAGCCAUGGAAACCAAUGAUAUAGUUAAACUAAGAGAAAUUUAUGAGAAGUACAGCGUAGGCCCUGGUGUCCAUGAUUCACGCAGGGGACAUGCCACACCAUCUACCUUUGAAACACCCACAAGAGAUUUUCAAGACAAUGUGUCUGUGCACAGUUCAUCGACAAACACAUCCAAAAGGACAACUGUAGAUGUUCAAGAGAGUUUGGAUGAAUUUUUAUUUAAAAAUACAAGCGAAGACAAUGAAAGCUUUGAAGAAAUGAUGGAUGAAGCCAAGAGGAAGCACAGACUUAAGUAUUCCUGGUUGUAUGAUGUAGAAGAUGAUAGUAAAUCAAAGCAGGAAUCAAAUUUGGCAUUACCAUCUAUCGAAAAACAGGCAAUUGAGGAUUCCAAGCCAGCCUUAGUUGAAACCUGGAAUUAUAGAGUAAAAAACUCUAUUAUGUAUGUUCCAGAAGGAGCACCAUAUACCUUGGAAGAAAGGGUCAAAUAUGCCCUUGAUAAAGACCACAUUCAACACUGCAAUACCCAUUACCAGUCAAACCCUUUUGACGAGUCGCGCAACAGGGAAGCAUUGCAUAAAGCUGCUCAGCUGCAGACCAAUACAAGACAGGGUCACGUUGACGUUGACGGAAAAGAAAUCAAAUCGAACGCGCCCCCAACUGUUAAUGGCUUUGAGUUCAUGAAAACACCAUCCCCUGUACCGGGUGUGGGUGCAUCUCCGCUUAUGACGUGGGGAGAGAUUGAGGGAACCCCGUUUCGCCUAGACGGCUCAGACACUCCCCUGCCAUCUUCCUCCGCCGGUGUCGGCGCCUUCCAGUUGCAACCUGUUUCUGAAAGAGACAGGAUCGGCCAUAAAUUGGCGGAGAAAGUCGGUCAAGGGUAUCGAGAUCGACGUGGAAGGAGUCGACCGUCUGCCGCUACGAUGGCGUCCCCACGUUCUAGUAGCGGGACUCCGUCCAAAACUGCUGGAACUUUGAGUCAAAGAAUCGCCCUCAUGUCUCCUGCUGCUAGACGUUUGGCGACGUCAAGGUUAGGAAUCCGUCUCAGCACUGACCCGGCUUUACAGGCCUCAUAUACUCCGCGCCGUCGAGCAGGAGAUGAUACACCUACACCCAUCCAAAGCCGAACACCUUCCACACCUUCUUACGGUACACCCCGCUCCUCGCCACUUGUUAGAUCUCGGAGUUCCGGUGCUAACCUUACGGACAAUCUUCUUCAAUUGCCAAAGCGCAAGGCUGAAGAUUUUUUCUAACCAGAUGAAUUGACAAAUGAUGAGUGUUUUGUUGCGUUUUUCUUUUUUGUACGCCCUGGAAGAGCCUGUUGAUAUGGACUGCUUGUAAUCCUUUCAAUCAAUACAAAUGGCAAAUAUAA